AUGAUAGAAAACACCAAGUUAGCAGACGAAGUUUUAAACAUUGCGUUGUUAAACCAAAAGAAUGAACAAACGAACCUGCAAACUGAGGUUGAGAAGCAUAAGGACUUGAACGGUAUUGUCCUUUUCAUGUACCCCAAAGCCGAUACACCUGGAUGUACAGAACAGGCUAAACUUUUUAAAGAAAAGUAUGAAGAAUUCAAAAGCAACAAUUACGCUGUUUACGGAUUAUCUGCAGACAGUGCUGAGGAUCAACUCAAGUGGAAGGAUAAACUCGAACUGCCAUUCGAGUUGCUGUGCGAUGUUGAUAAAAAGUUGAUGAAGGAACUUGGAUGUUUGAAGGAUGACGAGAAAAUAGCCAGAUCCCAUUUAGUAAUAAAGAACGAUUUCAUUGUGUCCUUUAUCGAAACUGGAGUAAAGCCAAGUUUAUCUGCUGCCAAUGUUAUGACUUUUAUUACGAAAGGUGAAAAGGAUAUCGAGGCAGAAGAAAAAGAAACAAAUGCAGAAGGUGGUGCAGUUAAUGAUGAAGUUACAGGAGAAGGAAAGGAUGAAGUUAAUGGGGAUGUAAAAGAAGAAGGAAAAGAAAAUGAUGAAACAAAUGAAGAGAAAGGAGGAAAAGGAUCGGAUGAUAAUAAAGCUAAUGAAAAUGAAAAGAUAAAAAAAUCAACAGCUACAGGAGGAGGAACAGGUGGAGGAAAAAAUAAAAAUGCAAAUGUUGGAGAUAUGAAAAUGAAGAAAAAAAGCUCAAAAAAGAAAAGUAGUGCUGGUAAUAAUAGUCAUAAUAAUAAAAAUAAUAAAGUAGUUAAAAAAGGUUCUAAUGUUAAAAAGGAAGUCAAGAAAAAGCUGAUUAACAAAGCACAUAAGAAGAAUGAAAAUAAAAAAGGAAAAAAUAAACUCGCUAAAGGAAAGAUGGUUAAUGGAAAAAAAGAGAUGAAAAAAAAAUCGAAUGUUAAAAAAGAGGAUAAAAAGAAAAAUAAAAAUAAUCAUAAAAAAAAUGUAAACACAAAAGACAAAAAAAAAAACAGUGGUAAAAAUGAUAAAAAAAAUAAAUUAAAAAAUAAAGGUACACAACAAAAAAAGCAGUUAAACAACAAGGGAGCAAAUAAGAAAAUAGUUAAGUCAAAAGAUGCAAAUAAAAAAAUAGCCAACAAAAAAGUAGACAAAAAAAAGGAACAAUUCAACAAAAAAAAUAUCAAAAACAAAAAUAUUAUGAAAAGUAAUAAGAAGGUGAAAAAAUUGAUAAAGAAAAAGUGA